AACACCCGGAAGUCCUGCUGUAGCGGACGUUGUAGCUAGCUUGAUGCUAGUGUGAAAAGCUCACGAUCAGUUCUGAAGGACGGAAAGAAACACAGUCACUGCUCGGAACACUUUUCCAUCUUUUCUACCGUCUCAGCGUGAUAAGAUUUUAUUAGCAGAAUCUUGGGCAAACAAAAAAGCCUUUGGUCAUGUCAGGACAGAGGAAAGGAGCUGCAGCGCGGCUGCUUAAAUGUGCCUUCUGCAGAACCAACCGGGACAAGGAGUGCGGGCAGCUGCUAGUGUCUGAUAGCCAGAAGGUGGCAGCCCACCAUAAGUGCAUGCUUUUCUCCUCUGCCCUGGUCACGUCUCACUCAGACAGUGAAAACAUCGGAGGAUUUUCCAUUGAGGAUGUGAAAAAGGAGAUCAAGAGGGGAAAUAAAUUGAUGUGUUCUUCAUGUCACCGACCGGGUGCAACUAUCGGCUGUGACGUUAAGACGUGCCGGAGGACGUAUCACUAUUAUUGCGCUGUGAAGGACAAAGCCCAGAUCAAAGAGAAUCCCUCACAAGGGAUUUACCUUUCUUUUGCUCCCAAACGCAGCGUUUACUGUCGCAAACACCGGGAUGCUUCUCAGGACGGCAUUCAAGAUGAAGAGGGAGGUGUGGCCAAUGAUUCAGACUCAUCGCCUCCACAAAGUAGGGGCAGAGGAAGGUUUGAAAAGGGGAGAGCCAAGGUCGGAUCUCGCGGCCAAUCGGAAGACACCCGCUCCACCUCCUCGCAGGCCGCAGACGAGGAGAGUUCCUCCCAUCGGGACAGGUCACCUCUUCGGGCCAGCCCAGGAGAUGGCGGCCAGCGCUGUGGCUUUUGUCACGCUGGUGAGGAAGAGAAUGAAACGAGGGGCAUGCUUCAUACCGAUAACUCCAAAAAAGUGGCUGCUCACUACAAGUGCAUGCUUUUCUCAUCGGGGACGGUGCAGCUGACCACUACAUCACGGGCUGAAUUUGGAAACUUUGAUGUGAAAACAGUCAUCCAGGAAAUCAAGAGGGGGAAAAGAAUGAAAUGCACGCUCUGCACUCAGUUGGGCGCUACCAUUGGGUGUGAAAUCAAGGCCUGUGUGAAGACCUACCACUAUCAUUGCGGCAUGCAGGACAAAGCCAAGUACAUUGAAAACAUGGCGCGUGGCAUCUACAAACUAUACUGUAAGAACCACAGUGGCAACGAGGAGAGGGAUGAGGAAGAUGAGGAACGAGAGAAUCGCAGUAGAGAGAGGGCAGCAAUCGACCACGGAGGUACACUGUCAACGCAAGUGAAUGGGAACUAGGUUGGCCUGAUGGAUGUGACGUGGGGUGAAAACAGAAGAACUCAAAGACGAGGGAGACAUAUUUUUUUAUACUAAAUCUAAGCCUACUCACAAGGUCUACGAGCUCCCUCGAGUCCUUCAUACGGUUUCUUCCAGUAAAUGGACAUGCUGUCCCAAUGUGCACCAGACAUCUUCUUCGUCAUGAGACCCUUUUUUGAGUUGACUAGAUGAGCUUUUCACAGACUGGUGGUACUCUGCAGAGCACUGGACUGCUGCAGGAUCAGGAAAAGCCGUGGCUAGUCUUUCCCGAGAGUCAGUUGUGGGCUCAGUUUCAAAUACAUGUAUUAUUACCGUGAAUAAGAGCCGACGGACUGAUCUUUUGAUUGUCACUCACUGCCCAUGUCCCCACAGAUGACAUGACCCACACUUGCUGAAAUCGAUACAUUCUUGCUCUUCCUUAGCUUCUAAAGGACUCACUUUUAAGAGGGGUCUGUUUGUUACUAGUCUCUCUAUCAAGUUGUGCAGUUUGAUUACCUUGUUUCUGUAAUCACGUCUUAAGAAUACUCUUUUCAUUUCAUAUUAGCCUUUCUUUCUUGAUAUGUAAUAUUUUGCUACUGUAUUAUCAUCAUGAGUAAUUUUGAAUAUCUGGAUUUCAAACAGUCACAAUUACAAGUUUUGCCAGCAUGCACUUGGAUUUUCCCACUGUUAAAGGUGGCAUUUUUUUAUUUAGCUGCUAAAGGGCAAAGUAGAGCUCUUUAGAAGAGAUGGCUUGACUUUGUUUGAUGUACUUUUACUUGUAUCUCUACAAAUGUAUCCAUGAAUGAUUGGAAAUAGAAAAUAUUUUAUUUUACACA